GGCGCGUAUUCUAAAUACUCGCACUGCGUUCAAAUGCUGUCAAUGAACAUAAUAAUCAGUUAAAAUGGGAGAAAAAGAAAAUAGAACAAAUUCUUUAAAUGAAUGGGAAGACGACGAAGAUUCUAACGACAAUGGUCCCAGGAAAGAAAACUUACCUUACGAUUUAACAAGUGAUGCUUUUAAAGCGAAGACCAUGCAGAGCUUUGUAAAAGCUUUAACAAGAGACCAACAGAGCAGCAAUAUCUGUCGUCAGUCUGAUUUCAAGGAUGAUGAUGAUGAUAAUGAUGAUGAUAUCGAUGAUGAUGAUGAUGAAGAAGAUGAUGAUGAUGGCAGUGACAAUGACUGGUUUAUAAAGAAAUUGUGACUUUUCAUGAUGUGAAGGAAUGGAAAGUGCAUUCCACUAUGCAGGAACUUGACCAACAGUGUAUUCCCUGGUAAACCUGGGCCAUGCUCAGCAACCCUUGAUGAGUCUGACAUUAUACUGAGUUGUUGUGAUUUCUAACUCUAUGUCAGACCCUAACAUGUGUAACGCAUGGGCAUAUAACAUCAACAUAAACACUAAAUAGAACAUCCCUUAAUUUGAACGUAUUGUACUGUAUGUUUGCCA